GUCUGUUAACAUUGGCUCAAAACGUAGUGAGCUUCCUACCCAAACACUUUCUUGGGCAUUAUAUAAUGCAAAUUUGCCUAUGAUGCGCCAAAAAAUUAUCUUGGUUGGCAGCUCACUAGGACUAUGUUUGAAAAAAGAAUACUGGCAUUAGGGAUGCACCGAUAUGAAAAUUUUGGCCGAUACCAAUAACCAAUAAUUCUUUACAUUUGAAAGCCGAUAACCGAUAUAUAUUUCCGAUUAAUCUGAAUCCAAAUUUUUAAAUACUUUUUGAGAGCCUGAUUACAAAAACAAAAGUCUCCACAUUAAAAGCCAUUAUAAUGUUCUCAUUCAUAAUGUUAUUAUUUUCCUAGGAAAAUAAUGACUCCAAUCAUAUUUUCUAGCAAUUCAAAACCAUAAUGGCGGACAGUGCGCAUCUGAAGUCUCUCAGCUGAAGGAAAUAAUCCAUUAUUUAUAGGCUUUAAUAUAAUUUUCUUAUCGGGCCAAUAAUGAUAACUUUAAAUAUGAACAUAUAUCAACCGAUACCGAUAUGGUGGUCGAUAUAUCGUGCAUCCCUAACUCACAUACUGCCUUUUAUUGUUCAUUUUUGUGUAAAAAAAAAUUAGUGAGAUGUUAAAAAAAUACUCUAUUAUGUCUAGUUCAUUAAUCACACUGGAAAUGUGAAAGUCAAUUGCAAUCACAUUGCAGUACUGUAUUCCCUGUAGCACAUUUUUGCAAAUGGAUUGCCUGGGUAUUCAAUGCAUACAAAAAUUAGCAUACUAUGUACGGUAGGUGUACUAUAUGGGGUGAUUUUAAGUAUAUUGCAAUCCAGAAUUCACCCUACUUCAGAAUUAGUAUGAGUAGUAUGCUGUUCCAAACAAAGCUUUGUGGACACAGCCAUUGUGUUUCUUCAUCUUUGCACCAGAUGGCGCUAUUGUUUCAAAAAUUGUUAUAUAUUUUUUUUAGCUUGUACAUGUGUAUAAAGGCAUAGUGAGAGAACACGUCACGUGUGUCACAAAAACACAAAUCUUCAAAAGCUAAAAUGGCAAAAAGAUAAACCCUAAUCCUUACAAACAAAGUACUGUACUGUUAAUAAACGAUCGUGCUAAUAUCACGUACUGAAUGAUACUAUCCAUGAUAAUAAACUUAGUGUAGUACCAGGUUGUUGUCGUUGUACAUGACCAAGAAACAUUGUAUUACCACGGUACCAAGUCUUAAAAAGCACUGAGACAUGCAAAACAGAAUAAAUUAAUUUAAAAUAUUCGAACUUAUUGUACAUUAUUGCAAUUAAGAGUCUCGAGGAUGUCAAAGUGAAGCAUGACUGCGAAUACUGUAGUAAGAACUAAAAUCCACACACAAUAACAGAUUUGUGUUUGGGGGGCGUGCUUCACUUUAAUUAAUUCACACUUCUGUCCAAUCACUGCUCAGGAGGGCGGUGUUCAAGCGCUCAAGGCGCGCGCCCGAGCACGGAGACCGUAACUCGGUCCGGAAUUCAGCGUAGAGUGAUGACAGUCCCAACGCAGUCACAUUUAGACAAGGAAUAACUCACGUUCACCUCUUAUCAUUUAAUGAACUGAUCCAGUUUUACUUCCAGAGAAAAAAAAAAAAAAAAACAAGGCGCAACUCCAGACCAUGCGCUCAUUGUGAACAGCUGCGCAAAGACGCACAGGCUGAAAGACAUUUGACAGCUCGCCAACGGGACAUUGGAGUGGACAUGUGAAGAAAUGGAUAUGCAGCCUCUUCUUUUGAUCAAAAUGCGAUCUGACAUCAUCAUCAUCGUCCUCAUCCUCACUGCUGUGAUUGUUCCCCUGUGCACCUCGCAGUCAGUGUGUCCUGGCACUGAUAACAAGCUCAGCACGCUGUCUGAUUUGGACCAGCAGUACAGAACUCUCCGCCAGUUCUACGAGAACUGUGAGGUGGUCAUGGGUAAUCUGGAGAUCACCAGUAUUGAACGAAACCGCAACCUGUCUUUCCUCAAGUCUAUCCGUGAGGUGACGGGUUAUGUGUUGGUGGCUCUGAACCAGUUCGAAUAUCUUCCUCUGGAGAACCUGCGGAUCAUCCGUGGCACUAAACUGUACGAAGGACGCUACGCGCUGUCCAUCUUUCUCAACUACAGACGAGAUGGACACUUCGGCCUUAGACAACUCGGCCUCAAGAACCUGACAGAAAUCCUGAAUGGAGGCGUGUAUGUGGAUCAGAACAAGUUCUUGUGCCACGCUGACACCAUCCACUGGCAAGACAUCAUCAAGAACCCUCGUUCUGAGCUUCUGGUUGUGCCCUCAAACAACAGUGGCAGCACAUGCAGAAGGUGUCAUCGCUCCUGUAACGGCCGCUGCUGGGGCCCGCAGGAGGAUCAGUGCCAAAGCUUGACAAAGACGGUGUGUGCAGAGCAGUGUGAUGGACGGUGUUUUGGUCCGUACGUCAGUAACUGCUGCCACCGUGAAUGUGCAGGAGGCUGUUUCGGACCCAAAGACACGGACUGCUUUGCUUGUACCAACUUUAAUGACAGCGGGGCCUGUGUGACACAAUGUCCUCAGCCAUUCGUCUACAAUCCAACAACCUUUCAGCUCGAGCACAAUCCCAAUGCCAAAUACACCUAUGGAGCGUUCUGUGUCAAGAAAUGCCCACAUAACUUUGUGGUGGAUCACAGCUCUUGUGUCAGAGCCUGUCCGAGCAACAAGAUGGAGGUGGAGGAAAACAACAUCAAGAUGUGCAUCCCGUGCACUGACAUCUGUCCGAAAAUGUGUGAUGGUAUAGGUACCGGCAGUCUUCAAACGGCUCAAACUGUAGAUUCCAGCAACAUUGAGAAGUUUGUCAAUUGCACCAAAAUCAACGGCAACCUCAUCUUCCUCAUCACGGGCAUCAAAGGAGACGCGUAUCAUGAUAUCAGAGCUCUGGAUCCCGAGCGACUAAAUGUGUUCCGCACCGUCAGAGAGAUCACAGGUUACUUGAACAUCCAGUCUUGGCCAGAAAACAUGACUGACCUUGGUGUCUUUUCCAACCUUGUCACCAUAGGAGGAAGAACCCUUUAUAGUGGUAUUUCUCUGCUGAUCCUGAAGCAGCGCUGGAUCUCUUCACUGCAGUUCCAGUCUUUGAGAGAGAUCAGCGCCGGUAACGUCUACAUGACCAACAACAGCCAGCUCUGCUUCUACAAUACAGUGAACUGGACCGGUCUGUUCCGCACCAGCACCCAGAGAGCUGUGAUCAAGAACAACAGGGACCCCAGAGAGUGUACCAAACAGAAGAUGGUUUGUGAUUCACUAUGUUCAGCGGCAGGAUGCUGGGGUCCCGGUCCAGAUCAAUGUCUCUCUUGUAAAUACUUAAGCCGGGGAAGAACAUGUGUGAAAUCCUGUAAUCUUUAUGAUGGAGAUGUUCGAGAGUUUGCCAAUGGAUCUGUGUGUGUGGAAUGUGACAGCCAGUGUGAAAAGGCUGAAGAUAAAACUCUUACCUGUCAUGGGCCUGGUCCAGAUCACUGCGUGAAGUGCUUGCAUCUGAAAGAUGGACCCAACUGUGUGGAGAAGUGCCCUGAUGGUCUGCAGGGAGCAAACAGCUUCAUCUUCAAAUAUGCUGAGACCAACAACGAGUGCCAUCCCUGCCACCCCAACUGCACCCAGGGGUGUACUGGACCCCGGAUUCAAGAUUGUAUUGGGAUGCUGGACAGGACUCCUCUGAUUGCAGCUGGGGUGAUUGGGGGGAUGUUUGUGGUUGUGAUCGUGGCGCUCGGAUUUGCUAUCUUUUUCCGUCGGAAGAGCAUCAAGAAGAAAAGAGCUUUACGCCGUUUCUUAGAAACAGAGCUGGUAGAGCCUUUAACGCCGAGCGGCACGGCACCCAACCAGGCACAGUUACGUAUACUGAAGGAGACGGAGCUCAAGAGGGUCAAGAUCUUGGGAACAGGAGCCUUUGGCACUGUUUACAAGGGAAUCUGGAUUCCAGAAGGAGAAACAGUGAAGAUUCCUGUGGCCAUAAAGAUCCUCAAUGAAAGUACAGGACCUAAAGCCAAUGUGGAGUUUAUGGAUGAGGCGCUGAUCAUGGCCAGCAUGGAGCAUCCUCAUCUAGUGCGUCUGUUGGGGGUCUGCUUGAGUCCCACUCUUCAGCUGGUAACUCAGCUCAUGCCCCACGGCUGUCUGCUGGACUAUGUUCAUGAGCACCAGGAGAACAUCGGCUCCCAGCUGCUGCUCAACUGGUGCGUGCAGAUCGCAAAGGGUAUGAUGUACCUGGAGGAGAGGCGGCUGGUGCACAGGGACCUCGCGGCUCGUAACGUCCUGGUAAAAUCUCCAAACCACAUCAAAAUCACUGAUUUUGGACUUGCUCGACUGCUGGAAAUAGAUGAAAAGGAGUACAGCGCGGACGGAGGCAAGAUGCCCAUCAAGUGGAUGGCCCUGGAGUGCAUUCACUACAGGAAGUUCACACACCAGAGCGAUAUAUGGAGCUAUGGGGUGACUAUCUGGGAGCUGAUGACGUUUGGAGGAAAGCCCUACGAUGGGAUUCCCACACGUGAGAUCCCAGACAUCCUGGAGAAGGGCGAGCGUUUGCCCCAGCCGCCCAUCUGCACCAUAGACGUCUACAUGGUGAUGGUGAAAUGCUGGAUGAUUGAUGCUGAUAGUCGGCCUCGGUUUAAAGAACUCGCUGCAGAGUUCAGCCGCAUGGCACGAGACCCUCAGAGAUACCUCGUCAUACAGGGAGAUGAUCGCAUGAAGCUGCCCAGCCCCAACCACAGUAAGUUCUUCCAGAGUCUUCUAGAUGAGGAGGAGCUGGAUGACCUGAUGGACGCUGAGGAGUACCUGGUUCCUCAUUCCUUGAAUGCUCCUCCCACUUCCCACAUGCCCCACCCACAUGUAGAUUCAAAUCAAAACCAGUUUGGGUAUCAUGAUGGAAGUUUGUGCCCUGAAGAGGUAACAGGGUCCCGACCUCAUGAGGCAGUUGCUACAGGAAGUGUCCCGGCAGGACUUAUACAAAGAGCCGGUCUGGACCCAGCAGAGGAUCCGCACUGUAACGGAAAUUUGAAGAAACAGGCCACAGCUCACUCAGCAGAGGACAGUAGUGGUCAGCGCUACAGUGCAGACCCGACCGUCCUCUUGGGAGAGAAAGGACAGAGGGAUGAUACAGAUGAAGAUGGUUAUAUGUCCCCUAUGAAGGACAAGAUCUCCACAAAUCAUCUAAAUCCCGUUGAGGAGAAUCCUUUUGUAACAAGGCGUAGAAAUAAAGACGUUCACGCGCUAGACAACCCAGGUUACCACAGCACCCCUGAUGGAAAGCCCAAGUGUGAAGAUGAAUACAUCAAUGAGCCCCUUUACCUCAACGCAUUCAACAACACCAGCGACAUGAACCAGGAAAUGUUAAGGAAAAAUGGAGUCUCCAUCCCAUUGCAGGUGACCACAGCCGCCCACACUCCAGGCACCCACGUUCCCCACAUCACACAACUGGGCAAACCCCAUCAUCACAGCCACGGACCGCACGUUCACUUCGCCAUACCACCAGUUCAGCUGGUUCACCCUGUACCGAUGAGCCAAAAUGAUCAACAUAUCCAUUCGGUUCAGUCGGUUCAUGAUCACGGCAGCAAAUCUGGCUCGCAAGCACCAGUAGGCCAGAUCUGUCUUGUGAGCCAUCAAGUCCAACCAGGACACCCAAGCCAAUCGAAUCGUUCCCCACAACAGUUUCAUUUGGCAAAGUCCACAGUGGUAGGUAAGCUACCGGGUCACCCGGUGCAACCAGGCAGCCAGAUUGGGACCACAUUAGUGGACAAGAUGUACAAGAAUAGCUUUGACAAUCCUGAGUAUUGGCAGCACAGCCUUCCACCCAAGGAGAACUCCCAAGACUCUUCGGUGGUCUGCAAUAACAAGUUCCUUCACAAGCAGAACGGCCGCAUACAGCCUGCCGUGGCUGAAAACCCUGAAUAUCUGUCUGGAAUGAAGCCAGGAACAGUCCUGCCUCCUCCUCCGUACCGACAGAGGAACACUGUGGUCUAACAUCCAGGUCUCUGUAGAGCCUGGUUCUUCUACCAGCACCUUAAAUGUCUUUCCUUGAUCCUCUGGUGGUCAAAAAUGGGACUAGAACUAAUCCAAGCCACUGAACUGACAUUAUGCCACAUAAAAUAUGGCAUAAAAACUGUGGGGAGAAGGUCAACGCAACCCAUCCAAACCCCAUCCAUCCCCAAAGACCUUGCCAGUCACCCAGGAACAUUGUUUUUCUCCUCUACAGGUAUUUUAAAGUGUUUCAUAUACAGGACGGCACAUAGUUAGAUCUAGUAACUUGGUGAGAUUCCAGCCACUCUCAAAGGUCCUUAAUUUCAUUCUGAAUGAAAAGAAGUGUAUUUAAAAGAUUUUAGGAGCGAAUAUGCACUUGAAUUUUAUAUUUUCCUGACUGGAACACUUGCACUUUUUCAAGCAAAUCCUUCAUACCGCCAAAACUGCUGCCCUACUCUGAAGACUACUGUUAGACCUGAGAGGAUUGUGAAAUUAUGAACAGUCAAGUUCCUCAGCACAAUGAGUUGAAGAAAAGGCUGAUAAAGGCGCUGAGAGGGAUUUGUUCAUAUUGAGAACACAAUACAAUAAUAGUCAGUGAAAGUCACAUUUGGUGAGAGGUGAAAUCACCUGUUGAGAGAUACGGAGAAUUAAUUAUCAGGAAGAACGGCACUGAAUGGUUUACAGGGUGUUUACAUUCAUUUACUUUAUCGGUACCUGAAUUAAGUGGGAACUUUAAGUCUCCUUCAGAAUUUUUAACUGUUACUUUUCUCUUCUUAUUGGUUGAAAGACAUAAGCAGAGGUUAUGGUCAACAUGAAAUUGACCCUAUUUACUUCAUUAAUGUUCUGGGUGUUCAAUGUUUUUCCAAAGAACAAAAUGUUUAAAUUUGUUCACAAUGUAUAACUUGAACUUCCACCACUGAAAUAACUUUCAUUUUUGGCUGACGUCAAAAUUAUUUACCAUUCUUCAAAGAAAACUACGGAGCCCCUAAAGGGACAUGGUGAAGGGGAAAAAACAUGAGAUGGAGGAAAAGCUAUUUGUCAAUGCUUUUGCAUUCUUUCCCAAAUGAAUCUUUGCGUACCCUCACAAAAACUUUUGCGUUCUGCCGAGAAACUUUGCGUUCGCUCUCAAAGAGCUAAAAAGUUUUUGCGAGAGAACACAAAGUUUCUCAGGGGAACGCAAAACAUUUGCGAGAGAAUUAUUUUUUUAAAAUAUUUUUUUCCAUCACCUUGUCCCUUUGGGGGGGCUCCGUAGAAAACAAAGAUUACUGGAGUACGUUUUACAAGAAAAUACUGUUUCAGUCUUUUUACUUCAAAACAUUUUGUUUAAUUUAAUAUGUUACUUGCCGUUUCUUUGUAAUGAAUUGUGCAAUUUACUAGGAAUUUGAGUGAAAAUUGUUUCUACUCCUUUUUUUUUUUUUCAGUGGUGGCAUUGUUGAGGCUACUGUUGCCGGUAAUACAGCCUUUCUAAAUUUUUGCCUAUGGUUAAUGCAAUGAUUAAUUUUAGCUAAUGCUAAUGUCAUACGGUUAUGGCAAUAAUAGCAAAUAGGGGUGUAACGGUACACAGAAGUCACGGUUUGGUACGUACCUCUGUUUUAAGUCCACGGUUCGAUACGAGUUCGGUACAACAGGAAAAAGCAACAAAUCCCCAAUGCUAGGUUUCUUUUCAUUUAUAUUGAACAGACAGUAGUGCAAAUUAUAGUUUGUUCCACCUAUAGCAGCAUUUAGUCCCUUAGUUGGUACAGUACAGCCACCUAUAGUGUAUUAAGCACUAAGCAGUAAACAGAAUGCACUCUUUUAUAGCUCAUAUUUUUUUGUAGAGCUGAUAAAAAACAGAAGGUAUUUGGUCGCAAUCAGCUACAAAACUGAAAAGCAUCUCUUGUGUUAUAAAAGUGAAGUGAAGUAGCACCUGAGGCUUUCAUUUCCAUCACUGGACUGUUGUAGUGAGACUUCCACGAGUCACGGCACAAAUGGCAGAUGAUUUUGUCUCAUUAUAACGUCGGAAAAAUGCUCUGCAUUUAUGGUCAUACAGAAAAGAGUAAGACAUCAUUCAAAACUGUAAGGGUCUAUUUUUAUUUGUGUACACUCACAAUAAAAAUUAACAUUGUGCUUUUGUAAAAUAAAGAAAACAAACAGGAUGCCGCUCUUUUUCUUGUUGUGGCGGUUAGCAAAUAGUUUUGCAUUACCACAGCGCCCCCUUCUGGAUUGGAGUGUGGAUCGCCUGUGACUGACUGUAUUCGACAUCUGACUGUAUGCACCGAACCAUGACGUCCGUACCGUGAUGGUUCGAGACAAAUACAUGUACCGUUACACCCCUAAUAGCAAAUAAUGAUCAAUUUGAUUUAAUUCUGAAUUUGACCCAGUCAGAAAGUCUCCUCAGAAGUAGGUGCCAGUGGCGUUUUAGAAGUUUCACAAUCGACAAACUCGCAUUCAGGGCAUUUUAUGGUAUGGUAUAUGUUCGUUUUCACAAUACAAUCAUUUCCCGGUUGAUAAAAUGGAGUCUGAAUAUUCUGUUCAGCAUCACAUUAAGGAAGUAAACUCUGAAAGCUGUUUUAUGUUGACUUUAAGUGAAAGUUUCAGUCAUUUAUUUUCAGUGUUUUGUAGGUGAUAUUUUCAUGUGACUGGACUGUGUUCUGUUUCCAACUGAAGUUAGCAAAUCAAAUGAAUACAAUUUGUUUUAAUCUGGUGGUUAACAUAUUUACUAGUAAUUUUGAGUUUCAAUUCAGUGUGUCAGUACUGAGCCUUUGACGAAUCUGCAAUUGGAAAAUGGAAUUUGGGCACAACAUUUAUUUUGUUAUCAUUACUAUUUAUUCACAAUGGCUGCUAUGUUUUUAUUUGGGGCAUUUCAUUGUAUUUCAUAAAACAAAUUUUCUAGUUAACACGGCAGGUUUACAUGAAUUAGGGAGGUUGGAUAUGUGAUGCUGUUACGCAUCACAAUGUCACAUAACUGAGCUGUAUUUUGUAAAAUUGCAAACACUAAAGAUUUUAAUGUGCCACUUUUCAGCGCUAACAUAAUUAUAAAACAGCCUUCAGUCUCUAUCACUGUCAGUGGUCUAAAAUUGUGUGGUUUUAUUUUUGUCGUUGUCUGUCUAUAAUCUCACACCUAAUAACAAGUGUAGCACAAAUACAGUAAGUGUUGCCCCUGUAGUCUCCAAUCUACCAUCACUCAUAGUUUCAUGUUUCUGUGUAGCUUUUAAUGAUGUAUUGUCAGAAGACUAGUUCGUAGGUCAAAUAAAUCCCAUUUUGGUGAUGUUUUGUCCAAUUUGUGGCAUAUAAACACAAAGACAUUUACUGUUACAAUUAGUUGAAUAAUGGGGUAUUGUGUUUCAACAAGAUGCUUGAACAUUUCAACAGUCUCUAACUGCCAGAUAUAACAAAGCCUAAUCUUGAGGCACCGUUAUCAUUGUGAACUUUUGAGUUAGAAAUGCCAUUUUUUGGUAAUAAUUAAACUGUUUUAGUUCUGCAUUACUGGCCAGUGUGAUCUCAUUGUUAUAUGUAGGUAUUAAUGUGCUUGUGUACAUAUUUGUACAUGUAGAGUAUUAUAAAGUGUAAACCCUUUAAAAUGUGUAACUUUAGUCUGGUCCGAAAGUAUUUUAAGUCUUUAAAGUAUACAUAUAUAUAUAUCAAAAUUGAAAACAGUUGCUUAAUAUUUUUGUGGAAACUGAUGCGAAAAGAACAGCAUUAUUUAAAAUAGAAAAUUGAUCAAUUUAAUGCAUCCUUGCUGAAUAAAAGUAUUAAUUUCUUUUAAAAACUGUCCCCAAACUCUCUCCGUUGGUGUAAAAGGGUUUGCAUUUUAUAUACUCUAUAAAUUGAUAUUGUCUUUAUUAGCUAUAAUAAACGUGUUCUAGAACCACACUUUAUUUUACAUACUAAACAUGUCUACGAAUACUAAGGAGAUCAUGUUGAACUGGCUGAAAUGAAUUAAAUUAACCAUAUUUAACAUAGUUUAAUCAUAUUUCAUAAUUUUACUUGAGAUAUUAACUGAUCCACUGCAGGGAAGCAUCUGUUUACAUGGAUUUAGCAAUUUUAUGGACUGCCAAUCCCAAUGCAAUUUGCAGUAAUUCACUGUUCAGUAUCUACCAAACCUUAUAUGUACAUAUGACAAACCAUAGAGUGUGAAGUAGAGAUUUUUUUAAACAUACACCAUUUUGUGUGCAGUAAUAUGUACUGUAUUUCUGAGCCAUGAGGCAUUUGGAGUGACUGCUCUGUAACAAGUGUGUUCUUCUAAAGGAAAGUGAAUAGUAUUUUUGUAGAGUGCUGAAAGAUUUAUGAGGAAGUGUAAAUAUAUAGAGACUGUUGCAUCAAGUCUUUUUUUUUUUUCUUUGCCAUGAAACGUUCAGUUCUGUUUAACAUGCGCCGUCUGUAGUAAUGGUCUGACACUUUGUAUUUGUGACGUUUGAUUUGAUCUCAAGUGAUGUUCUGUUUCUUUGUGUGUCAUGCUCUGUUCUGUGGAUUUCUUCUUCUCUUGCUGCUUCUAUGGUUAGCUGUGGCCCUUACCUUCUCUCCAUAAGUGCCCAUUUUCUCAAUUCUUUACCUUUAUCUUCUUUAUUAGUUGUAAAUAUGACUAUUUAAGACAAGACACAACACAAGAUUAAUGAUCUACUUCUGUGAACCUAAUUUCAAAACCAUACUGAUAUAUCUGGAGUGAAUUAUCUUUAUUAUUUAUUAAUGACAUUUUGUUUUGUAUGUCUGCAUUUGGUUUGAUUGCUUUGUAUUAGAUAUGAUCGUAUGUACAUGGUGAGAGACUUGCUCCAGUUGAAGCACUUGCAGUAAUAUUUGUUGAAAAUCACUGAGUGGCUGGUGCAUUAUUACUGAUAUGUGCUAAGCUAACUAGAAAUGUGUAAAAUAAUUUAUAGUAGCCUAAACAGUAUUUGGACACUCAAGUCACACUUAAAAAUGAAUUUUGGGGCAUUUGAUAACAAAAUAUUAAACCAAGUGGCAUUUUUUCUCAAAAAUAUCCUCAAGGGAUAGUUCACCCAAAAAUGAAAAUUCUGUCAUCAUUUACUCAUCCUCAUGUUGUUCCAAACCCGUUAAACUUUCAUUCAUCUUCGGAACACAAAUAAAGAUAUUUUUAAUGAAAUCUGAGAGUUUUCUGUCCCUCUAUUGACAGCUACAUAACUACCACUUUCAAGCUCCAGAAAGGUAGUAAAGACAUCAUUAAAGUACUCCCAUGUGACUCCAGUGGUUUAAACUCAAUUUUAUGAAGCAAUGGGAAAAAAAAAAACUUUUGUUUUUAUUUUGGAAAUAAAGUGGUAAAUUAUGUUUUUUGCGCAAACAAAGCACUCGCGUCACUUCAAAAAGUCUUUCAAGAAAUCGUAAAACUAAUCCAUGUGAAUUGAGCGGUUUAGUCCAAAUUUUCUGAUCACUUUUUAUGAUGAACAGAUUUAAUUUAGUCUUUUACUCGCAUAUAAACAUUGAUCAGUGAACAUAAACAGAAGCUCAACGGAACCUGAAUGACGCACGAGAAUAAACCUCUCGCAGAAGCUCAAACGUGAUGCGUAACACAAGAAUGAACCUCGUUGGUUCUUGCGGAAACUCAAACGUGAUGCGUAACACGAGAAUGAACCUCAUUGGUUCUCGCACAUCUAGCGAACAUGUUUGAGCUUCUGUUUACCACAACUGAUGUGUGAGUUGAUCAAUGUUUAUAUGUGAAUAAAAGCCUAAAUUAAAUCAUAUAAAGUGAUCGAGUCUCUUCAGAAAAUUUGGACUAAACCGCUCAAUUCAUAUGGAUUAGUUUUACGAUCUCUUUAUGAACUUUUUGAAGCGUCAAAGUUUCAAUUGCGUAGCUGUCAAUGGAGGGACAGAAAUCUCUCAGAUUUCAUUAAAAACGUCUUAAUUUUGUGUUCUGAAGAUGAGCAAAAGUCUUAUGGGUUUGGAACGACAUGAGGGUGAGUAAAUGAUGACCGAAUUUUCAUUUUUGGGUGAACUAUCCCUUUAAUUUCUCUGAGCCAUUUUUGCAUUAGUAAGGUAAUUUUAGUGGACAUAUGAAGUCAGUUCCUGUCAGUUUCCAACAAGAAAGUGUCAAAAUGCUAUUUAAUUUGAGCAGCAUACUGCUUCAGUUUAAAAACUAACAAAAUUAGUUUUUAAAAAAAUGGUUUAAAGUUCGUGCUUCUGCUAUUUGUUUUUAAAUUAAUAAAUGCCACUUUGUUCAAUACUUUGUUAUUUAAUGCAGUAAUAUUCAAACAUUUAUAAGUGUGGCCAAAAAGAGCUUUGUCAGUUUUGUAGAUUGUUUUAGUUCCAGUUUUAUUAUAACAUGAAAGCCCCAAAUCAUUCCCCUUUCUGUUUCCAUUUUAAUUAGUAGUGACCGCCCUCCACCAAACUGAAUGCCAACUGAACUAUUUCAUAUUUGUUACAUGAUCCUGUUACAAAGUAUAUUUUCAAUUUAAUAUGAAUAAAGUUAAAAUGAAUUUGAACAAGAAA